UUCAUUCCAAACGGAUGUGCUUGCUUGACUCUCUCUAAAAAAAAAUAAACCAUGGGUCUUAAAUGUUGGGAACGAUUAACACAAGCUGAUAAUAUUUAUCAGUCAAUAAAACCUUUGGUUUAUAUAUCUUUAAUCGGUUUGGCACCUUUUCGAAUGCAUUCGGCUAGGGAAGUACAAACUUCGGCACCGGGCCUAUUCGUGAGUGUCGGGCAUUUUCUUUUCUAUGCCCUGUGUUUGGGAUUAUCUUUGAUUGAAGGCGAUUCUAUAAUUGGAUAUUUUUUUAAAACCACAAUCACUGAGUUAAGUGAUAUAACACUAAUGAUGGCUGGAGUUAUUGCUAUGCUGAGUAUUUUUGGAUUUGCAAUAUUUAAAAGAAGUCGUCUUAUUCAAAUAAUUCAGAAGAACAUUAUUGUGGAUGAAAUAUUCGUGAAAUUGGGACUUAAAUUGGAUUAUCGAAGGAUUUUAUGCUUUUCAUUUAUCAUAUCGGUGAUGAUGAUGACAUUCAAUUUGGGAUAUUUAAUUAUAAGUUAUUUGUUGUUGUUGUCAGCAUGUAUCAAGCCAUCGUUUGUGGUGUUUACAACGUUUGCUUUACCUCAUAUCAAUACGACAAUUAUGGUAUUCAAAUUUAUGUGCACAACACAUUUGGUUAAAAGCCGGUUCAUUAUGUUGAAUGAAAUAUUGAAAGAUAUGCUCGAUCAUGCAACAGAAGUAUAUAACCAACCCGAACAGUCACCCUUUCAUUUGGUGCCAUCUUCUGCUAAAAUAACACCAUCCAUAUGUUGUGUUAAAAAUUCAUUGAUACAUCGAAAUCCCACACAAACUCUGAAAGAAAUAACAAACAUUCAUAAUCUUCUAUGUGACAUCUGCCUCAUAAUCGAGGAGUACUUUACAUAUCCUUUGGUAGCAAUAGUUGGUAUAUCAUUUAUGUUCAUACUUUUUGAUGACUAUUACAUCUUGGAGGUAUUGCUUAAUCCAAAUCGUUUGGAAUAUUUCGAAGCUCAUGAGUUCUUUGCAUUCUUUCUCAUUCAAAUGGUAUGGUAUGUAAUCAUCAUUUUGGCAAUAGUUGAAGGAAGUAGCAGUACUAUUAAAGAGAGUGAAAAAAGUGCAGUAUUGGUUUCAAAACUUUUAAACACAACAGAAGAUCUAAAUUUACGUGAACGACUUAUUAGACUAUCGAUGCAGUUGGCUCAUAGAAAAGUUUGUUUCACAGGAGCUGGAUUAUUCAAAUUAGAUCGGACAUUAAUAUUUACAAUAUCAGGAACUGCUACUUGUUACCUUAUUAUUCUUAUACAAUUCCGCUCGACAACAGUUUUUCACGAGGAUUCUAAAAAGGCUGGAAAUUGUAGUGCAAAUUAUAUUUAAUAUUUUAAAUAAGAAUAUUAUUAAUCUGAGAUUUAUCUAUUACAAAUAUCUACCAUAAACUAAUACAUUGUUGUAAAAUUUCCUAAUUAUAUGCAUUUUUUGUAAAAUUAUAAUUG